AUGAAGAAACCUGUACAGCAAACUUUCUGUCAGACUACUCUUAUCGGCUCCCAGAAGAUGCUGCCCAUGCAUCUGCUGCUGCUGCUAUUCAGCUUUGCAAUUGUAAUGCAGUCUGUGGUCAGGGGUGCUUCAUCGUUGCCCCACCCUGGUUGCCCGGACAAGUGUGGCGACGUCGACAUUGUGUACCCAUUCGGGAUUGGCCCUGGCUGUGCAAUGGAAGAAGGAUUUGAGCUUCACUGCAACAAGUCUCAGGAUGGCCACAAGAAUGUGACUUACUUGUCUAACCUGCCGGUAGUUGACAUAUCUCUGCUCAAAGGCCAUGUUCGGAUGAUGAGUUACAUCGCUUCCACGUGCCACAACCACUCAACCACAUACCUCCUGGACUUCCGUGGCACGCCAUUCACGGUCUCAGAGAAGGAGAACAUGUUCACAGUUAUUGGAGCCAACGCACUCGCUUCCAUGGCUGGCGCAAGGCAAUCUGCCAUCUAUGUGAUCGGGUGCUUGACGCAGUCCUCACCUUACAAAAACCUCGCAGCACAAGAGGGGAAGUGCACCGGUGUUGGCUGCUGCCAGGUUGCACUCAGUAGCCGCUUGUCCUACCACAAUAUUUCCUUCCGUGAUGCUAGUGCAUCUGAUGAGAAUGCAAGUGGCAUGGAUGGCGAAAGGCACUGCAGAUACGCCAUGGUGGUGGAGGCCGACAAAUUUAAGUUCCACACAGCGUAUUUGAAUGCGACAAACUUCUGGGAUGAGCACAAAGGUGAAGUCCCGAUAAUUCUAAACUGGGCCGUCGGCAGUAAGACUUGCGAUGUUGCCAAGAAGGAUACAGCUUCCUAUGCCUGCCGUAGCAGCAACAGUUAUUGCAUCAAUUCAACCAGUCAUCCUGGUUAUCUCUGCAACUGCUCUGACGGCUACCGAGGCAAUCCUUAUCUUUCUGGUAGUGGUGGAUGUCAAGACAUCAAUGAGUGUGACCUUAAUCCACCUCCAUGCCCUGGGUAUUGCAUCAACACACAAGGCAGUUUCUUCUGCCAGAACACAAAGAAUCGAAGCUUCUCACACUCUGGCACCGCGAUAAUAUCUGUUGGCCUAAGCGUUACAGUUGUCAUGCUGGUCAUAGCAGUCACCUGCUCAUAUUUGAUCCGUGAAAGGAGGAAACUGGCCAACAUCAAGGAGAGAUACUUCCGACAACAUGGGGGCCUGCUACUGCUGGAACAGAUAAGCUCAGGGCAAGGCACUACAUUCACAAUCUUCACAGAAGCAGAGCUCAUGGAGGCAACGGACCAGUUUGACGACAAGAAUGUCCUUGGCCGUGGUGGCCAUGGGACUGUUUACAAAGGCACGCUCAAGAACGGCACUGCGGUUGCGAUCAAACGGUGCAUAUCCAUGACUGAUGAGCAGCAGAGGAAAGAAUUUGGUAAGGAGAUGCUCAUUCUAUCCCAGGUCAACCACAAGAACAUUGUGAAGCUCCUAGGCUGCUGCCUUGAAGUAGAGGUCCCGAUGCUAGUCUACGAGUUCAUCCCCAAUGGCACACUGUUUCAAUUCAUCCAUGGCAUCAAUGGCUGCCGUAGCACUCCCUUCUCAACUCGAAUAAGGAUUGCCCAUGAAUCUGCACUAGCAAUGGAUUACCUGCACUCAUGUGCAUCACCACCAAUCCUUCACGGUGACGUCAAAUCCUCCAACAUACUUCUUGACGACAAUUACUCCGCUAAGGUAUCAGACUUCGGAGCAUCGAUUGUGGCACCAACUGACGAGUCCCAAUUUGUCACUCUGGUGCAAGGGACCUGCGGGUACCUGGACCCUGAGUACAUGCAGACAUGUCAACUGACAGAUAAGAGUGACGUCUACAGCUUCGGCGUCGUUCUCCUGGAGCUGAUCACUGGCAAGAAGGCACUCAGCCUACAAGGGCCUGAGAGCGAGAGGAGCCUUUCCAUGAGGUUCUUGUGCGCUUUGAAGGAGGGAAGGCUCAUGGACGUGAUAGAUGACCACAUCAAGGGUGAAGAGAACGUUGGGCUGCUGGAGGAGGUCGCCGACCUCGCAAGGCAGUGCCUGGAGAUGGCUGGUGAGAAUCGCCCAGCAAUGAGAGAAGUUGCAGAGAGGCUUGACAGGCUGAGGAAAGUGAUGCAGCACCCGUGGAUGCAGCGUAACCCCGAGGAGGUGGAGAGCUUGCUCGGAGGCAGAGAGCCGUCGGUGGCCGGCGUGGAGAUGGUCAGCAGCACUACGUUUCUCACCAUGGAGAAGCGCGUUGGUUUACUAGAGUUUGGGCGGUAGACUUGAGCUGAGCCCAUCAAAUUUUGCUAAUCAUCCAUUGCUUUGGGAGGAAAAAAGUGACUGUUUGGGUUUGGCUUGUUUAGUCCAGUUUUGUCCUUUCACUCUUUCUUGGAGAAAUAUGUGUAGCCCAAUCUUGUUAGUUUUUUGCUGCACUUCAUGUCCCCCUGGUCUGUAUGUAUAGUAGGCCUGGACAAAAGUAUUGCGAAA